AUGGCAUCGAGCAACCGCGUAGCUCUUGUAACUGGGGCUAACAAGGGCAUUGGCUUUGCGAUCACGCGUGACCUAUGCCAAAAGUUUUCCGGGGACGUGGUGCUCACAGCCCGGAACCAGGCACGGGGCCAGGCUGCUGUGCAGCAGCUGCAGGCAGAAGGUCUGAACCCACGCUUCCACCAACUGGAUAUUGACGACCUGCACAGCAUUCGCGCCAUCCGUGACUUUCUUCUCAACGAGUACGGGGGACUGGACGUGCUUGUCAACAAUGCAGGCAUUAGCACCUGGCCUAAGAAUAAGCCACCACCAAGAGAAAGCGACCUCUUCAAAGACACCCAGCCAGGCAUUGAUCCUACCCAUGUUCACACUCAAGCAGAAGCAGCAAUGAAAACAAACUUUUUUGGUACCCGGAAUGUCUGCAUGGAACUACUCCCUCUAAUAAAACCACAAGGCAGAGUAGUGAAUGUAUCAAGCAUGAUAAUUCUCACAGCCAUGAAAAACUGCAGCCCGGAGCUGCAGCAGAAGUUUCGAAGUGACACCAUCACAGAGGAGGAGCUGGUGGGGCUCAUGAACAAGUUUUUGGAAGACACAAAGAAAGGAGUGCAAGAGAAAGAAGGCUGGCCUAAGAGUGCUUACGGAGUGAGCAAGAUUGGGGUGACAGUCCUGUCGAGAAUCCAUGCCCGGAAACUCAGGGAGCAGAGGAAAGGGGACAAGAUCCUCCUCAAUGCCUGUUGUCCUGGGUGGGUGAGAACAGAUAUGGCAGGACCAAAGGCCCCCAAGAGCCCCCAAGAAGGAGCAGAGACCCCUGUGUACUUGGCCCUUUUGCCACCCAAUGCAGAGGGACCUCACGGGCAGUUUGUUCGGGAAAAACAGGUUGAACAAUGGUGAGCUCAACUCUCACCUCUUCCCGCGGUCCCUGGUUCUGUACCCUAUCCUAAAGGGAGACACAGGCUCUAAUUCUAAUUCUAGGAAGUUUUAUGAUUUCCUCGAGGAGAUAAAAUGAAAUUCUUGGCAAUAACGAAUGAAA